CAAUCCAACCAAUCCAACCAAUCCAACCAACAACUUCGAGAAUGGACGCACGACAACAUGACCUGACGGAAAGGUAACAGUGAUUCGUGACACUAGAUCAGAAAAAAUCUACUACGUUCUUGUGCUUCUCGUCACUCUUAGAAGCACGCUCCUCCCACAAAUCUGUUUCAACGCAUUCUUGAUACCUAGCUUCACCAACCUAGAAACAGUUGGAGAAUUGAACGAGGAAAGCCAAUCAAAAUUGUUUAGAUCAUCGUAUCUUGGGUAGUACUGUAGUAUGGAUCCUCGGAAGAAUGGAAGGAAGAACCGGAAACGGCGGCGCUCGAAUAUCUGCAUUUUGCUGUUCAUAGCGUCGCAUUUGGUUGUGUUAAAUACAAUUGCUGUAUCGGUAACUGCUACCGUCGAUGGGGAAGAAAACGACAGUGGAAUCCUGCCCGAUGAAGAACAAGAGAUAAACGCACCCGUAUCCUCGCACGAUUUAGGCGAAUCCGGAGGGGUACAGGGCACAGAAGCAAGCAACAACGAUGAUGCGACAAAUCUGUCUGACCUCUCCCCAAAUGACGACAUGACUGCAGAAGUCCACUCGUCAAUUUCCCCGAACGAACCCGAUGCGGUGCACGAUGGAGAUUCGAGUACCAGCAACAGCAAUACCGAGACCAAUCCAGAACCAUCUCCAACAAACAGUGAAGAGCAACAUGUAAAAUCAGAAGAUGAGGCUGGCUCCUUCGAAAAGACAACGAAAGCCAAGAAUGUAGAAGUUGAAAAGAAAAAGAAUAUGGAAGGAAGCAUCAGAGGCCAAUCGGCAGAAGACGACAUAAAGCCGGUCGAGGAUCCUCCACCAUCUUCGAAGAGACGCGAAGUUGUUUCAGAUGUUCAGAAAAAGACCGAAAUGGGAGACCCUGCCAAAAAUCAGGAGGUUGAAAACAAAGAGACGAAGGACGAGUCGGAUUCGGCCUCUCCRUCCUCUUCGGAACCGAUUGUAUCGAAACCGGAAGAAGUACAGAAAGAGGCGACAGCAAAUGAAGAGGAGGAGGAAGGAAAGAGUGCAGAAGUUUCUCUCGAAGGAAAAUCGAAAGCAGUAGAGCCCGAAACAGAGAAGGAGAUUGGAGGAGAUGACAGUACGCCGGUGUUUACGGAUGAAUCUGCUGGAGACGCUAGCUCCGCUGGUGAUUCUUCAAUGAAAAAUGUAGGCGCUGAAGAUGAUGAUGACCAUGAAGUCAGUGAAAAUGCUACAUUGGACGAUGAUGAGGCUGAUAAGCCAGUUGAAUUACAAGGGGGAGACCAGAAGGAGGAAGGCGAAGAGAAAAUUGAAACGAAGAAARUACAGGAAAAGGCAACGAUAGAUGAAGAAGGGGUUGACAAACCAAUCGAAUCCCCAGACAGGGAACAAAAAGAAGAGGGCAAAGAGGAAAGUGAUACAAAAACAGAGACUGUGGAUAGUAAUGAAACGCCGCCGAUGGUACAACCAAAGGAGUCAGAAAACACCGAAMCCGGUUAUCCUGUAUAUGAGAGUGGCAGUGACAGCGAUGAUUCUGUUAUCGAUUUAGAUGUUGACCCCGACUCGGAGGCGAAAAAAAACACUCUUCCAGAGGAAACUAAAGAAGAUCAGACCGAAGAAAGUGGUACUGAUAGUAGCAGUAAUAUGGUUAUCAAGGAUAAACAGGACGAUGACGAUAGCAACAAUGGAGGCAACGAGAAAGUCCAGGAAACCUCCAGUCCUGGUACAUCCGAUCCUACUACUGACGAAGCUCCCUCUGCUACCGCUGCGAAUAGUUAUCGUGGAGAACCAUGGGGACAAUAUCGACUGACUCGCCGGCUUCCUGAUAUGGAAUUAUUGCGGUUGGUCUUUGAGAACACGAAAAACGGUGCAGGAAAUCCAGGUAAUGGCGAUAGCAAGAGCCAGCAGGUUGUAGAAAAUUGGCAAAAGAAUCCCUUGUACGACGCAAAUAGUGCGAUAGACACAGAAAAACGGCUGGACGAACCAUUGAUAGGAGAAGAGGCGGACUCAGAGUUUGCGGACUAUCGUUCACGGCUUUUGGGUGAAAACAAGAUUGCUGGCGGUGUCGAUAUCAACUCAGGCAACAAAAACAACAACGAAGGCAACACAAAACAAAAAGAGAAAAUCAAGAAUGGAACAAUUAAUCAAAGCAAUGACAACAGUAACAAUGUUGAUGUCAAUGCUGAGUUUGUAGAAGGUCUCGAUGACAUCGAUGAUUUUUUUGAAGGUGUGGACCCACCCGAUGAGCUUGACGUAGGAUACGGUUCCAGCAUUCAAGACGUUCUGAUGGACAAGGGAAAGCACAUACUGCUGAAAAAGAUUCGUGGGGCUGCGCAAUGGAUCCGAAUCGGUUGGCAGGGAGUAGUACGAAAUCUCGAAGAACGGAUAUCUCAAUUUCAACUACCGUUGCAAAAACUACAGGGAACAAUAAACUCUUCUAGUGCAGCGGAGGCGUCCAACAGCACUCCCCAGAGCGAGGGACGUGGUGACACUGGAUCAGAAGGAGACAUGAAAGAAAAAAUUACAUCGGCAUGGAAAACGGGGAAACGAGCAUUCGAACAAAUGAGCGACUGGGUGGAUGGACUGCUCGAUCGACUUGACAGAAGCCAAGGCGACUCGGCAACAUUUGACGAUUUCAAUAAUUUCGACCUUGACAAUCUCUCCAAGCUUUCAGCUUCUCCAUAAAGCUACGGAUUUCGUAUUKGCGGAGUGACUAUCACGCUGUGAUAAUGUCAUAAAAUUAGUAGUACAAAUUACAGAUUAAGAUUAGUUUACUCCUUGUACCGGUAAGUCAGUCUCGUCGUAUCUAACCCAAAUUUCAAAUUCUCAAUUUGAAGUACGUACCCURGCCCUAGGUUAGGGGAUUAUGACACCUGCCCUAGUGCAGGGGUCAUAAAUUUAGACCCCUGCC